CAGAUAAACGCUUCCCAUUCAUGCCGAAUGAUUUUUUCAGGUAAAGUUUCAAUCUUUCUUAGAUGUUUAAAUCUUUCAUACCAGAGUGGAAUCUGAAUUUUUCUUCGGAAUUCAAUAAUUCAAGUCUUUCUUCCUCAAAAGUGAAGAAUUUGUUGAGCUAAAAAAAAACUAAUUUGGAUUUUGAUUACAAGUUUUGGUAUAUACAAAUACGAUUGUCUGUAUAUAUAUAUACAUGGUAAUGGCGGCGGAGGUGCUCAACAUGUAUGAUUGUUGUUCAACAAGGCAUAAUUUGAGAGGCGAUUUUCAGUUCAUCACUUCUGCGUAUUUCAAUUGGGGAUUAAGAACAAAGAUGAAUUGUGCCAAGAAUCAAACUUCUUUGUUAUGUAAAUCAGUAGAGCAACGAAAAGAUUCAAGUGUAAAGCUUAGUAGCGUUGCAAGUCUUGAGUUUGAUUCAGCUUGUGAAGAAGGAACACCGUUUUUCGAAGAAAACGAAGCUUUUAGCGAAAACCACACUCAGCAGAUAUCGCCACCUUGGGGUAAUUUAUCCAACCAAGAUUCGGAAGAUCGAAAUCAUUUCAUUAGUCGUCCGAAGGUAUCUUCGAAGAAUACCUUUGACGAGUCUUCGAAUGAGAUGUAUUACUUGGAGGAAAGGGACGAGGAGAUACUAUCAAACAGGCUUUUGAAUCUCAGCAGAUCGAACAAAGUUAGAAGCGCGUUGUCAUUAUACAGAUCAAUGGAAUUCUCCGAUUUGCUACCGAAUGCACACGCUUGUAAUUCGCUGCUCUCGUGCCUCUUAAGGAAUCGGAGGAUCGAAGAUGCCUUGGAAGUAUUUGAAUUCAUGAAAUCGAAAGAAAUCGCCACGGGGCACACGUACACCUUAAUUCUAAAAGCAGUUGCCAGUUUUCGGAGCUGCGAUGCAGCAUUGAGAAUCUUUGAGGAAUCCGAAAGCGACGUCAGAAACAAGAAACACAUGGACGCAAUCGUCUACAACACCAUGAUAGCAAUAUUCGCGAAGACGAACAAGUGGGGCCCGCCUCUGAAAAUAUGGACGAGUUUGAAAGACAACGGCCUAGUAGGGACAGCUGUCACUUACCGUCUGUUGAUUUGCGUAUUUGUGCGGUGUGGACAAAACGAACUAGCUCUCGAUGCGUAUCACGAGAUGGUUCAAAACGGGCUAAGCCCGUGUGACGAUGCAAUGCAAGCUAUUAUCGGAGCAUGCUCGAAAGAGGGGAAGUGGGAUUUGGCACUAAACGUGUUUCAAAGUAUGCUCAAGAGUGAGAUUAAGCCGAGUUUAAUUUCUUGUAAUGCUUUGAUUAACUCGCUCGGAAAAGCAGCUAAAGUCGAGCUGGCGUUUAAGGUUUAUAAUCUGAUGAGCUCGUUGGGUUACUCGCCCGAUGCGUUCACAUGGAACGCGCUUCUUGGUGCAUUGAACCGGGCUAAUAGGCCCGCGGAUGCACUUUUGCUAUUCGACGGCAUCAAAAAGGAAUAUGCUUCUGUGCUGAAUGUGCAUGUGUACAACACGUGUUUGAUGUCUUGUCGUAGGCUUGGAUUGUGGGAGAGGGCGAUGCAGCUGAUGUGGCGAAUGGAAGCUUCUGGUUUUCGUGUUUCGGUUACUUCUUACAACCUUGUUAUUGGCGCUUGUGAGGCUGCCAGAAAACCGAAGAUGGCUUUGGAAGUUUACGGACAUAUGGUUAGGGAAAAGAAGUCUCCCGAUAUUUUCACUUCGCUUUCUUUGGUGAGAGGAUGUGUUUGGGGUUCGCUUUGGGAUGAAGUGGAGGAGAUUCUAGAGUCUGCACCAAAUGGAUCUCUGUAUAAUGCAGCUAUUCAAGGUAUGUGUUUGAGGAAUAAGAUUGAUUUGGCAAGAAAAUUGUACGCGAAAAUGCGCGAGAUCGGGCUUGAACCCGACGGCAAAACUCGGGCUUUGAUGCUGCAGAAUUUGAGGAAACGAUGAUUGUGAAAAAAUGCGGAGUUUUUUUUUAGGUGCAAUAUGUAAUAUGAUCCAAAGAUGAAUAUAUUCUUCUUUUUCAGCCAAUUGUGAUUUUUCUAG